UUAUGUUGAAAGUCCCUUCGAAUACUGCAGAGGAACCCAAUUUAGAGUUUUGUGUCUACAAGAGGACGCUUCUUCGUGGAAGAGUGCCCGUUAAGUUAGUAGGUACUCCAACAGGUUUCGUUCAUAAGGACUAUGGAGCAGAAGUAACUGAUUCAGAUAUUCUAUUCCUCGUUUGUACUAAUUCCGUAGAUGUUGUUCAAUUCAAAUAUCUUAGUCACGAAUGGGUAACGCUAGACACCUUUUUCGUUCCCUUUCAGACACAAAAUGCCGCCACCCUAUCAGUACCAAGCUGGAAGAACUCUUUUGCUUUGCUAGUCUCGUGUGAAGAAAAUAACUUACUAGUUCUAGAAUACUCUUGCAAGACUCAAGUUCUUAAUCCUCAUCGAUUGCUGAAAUUUCAGCUGCCUGUGAAGGAUUUACUAGGAACUCAUUUAUGUGUAGACCCAUAUGGUUAUUUCGUUUUCUUUGGUUCUCUAGGUGAAACCCAUUUCUGUAUUUAUCGUGACUUCCUUGUACAAGCUGAAGAGACUUUUCAGUUGGGUUCUUUGUUAUUUCCGUCGUGCGAAACAAUUUCGCAAAAUAUAUUUGGAGUGAAUACGGUUAUCUUGACAAACAAACUUAUUCAGCAUGUCAUGUUUUGUGUAGAAGAUGAAAUGCAAACAGACGUGAGAACUCAAGUGCUUGCCAUUUUACUUGUAGACUGUGUAAAGAGGAGACAGUAUAUCUAUUUUUAUAACUUUGAUACUUAUGAACAUAGUGUGGUAUUUAAAUGUGAAGUUCCGCUUCAUCAUUUUACCAGAGAAACUGUAUCCUUGAGAAGUGAGCUUAUGCUCUGGAAUAGGUUAAGUCUACUUCAAAGAGAGAAGAAACUAGCAGUUUUUGGUGAAAACAAUGUACUAUUGAUAUCCUUGGAUGCUUCAUGGUUUCAACAACUUCUUGAUACAACUUAUGAUGAAGUUGAAGAUAAGCAAUUAUUUCGAGAAAACUUUAAAGCCAAUUGUGAAAUCAUACGUACAAAACUUCCACAAGAUGGAAUCCAGCAAACAAGAUGUAUUGCAUUUGCUUCGAGUUGUUCUUGUAUAGCUCGCCAAGGAAUAAGAUAUUUUGCUUUUUUCGAUGACGGCAGUUUGAUAGGUUUGAAAUUAGGUUCCCUUGAAGCGCAAGCAACAUCUAUACUCGUUGCAGAAGAGAUUCCAAACAAGGAUAUUGUAUUGGCUUAUAACAGAAGUGGAUGUGAAGAAGAUGGCUUGCAUGGUGUCUAUUUUUAUGCAGUAUCUUCUACUCGUGGUUUAUUGUCUUUUCAUUUGAAGAGGGAUGGAGAAGAGCAAGGAAAUGUUUCUUUUCGUUGUGAGAAGCUAAGUGAGAUUCCAUUUCACUCUCCAGUGCUGUAUGUAUCAAAAAAUUCGAUGAAACAAGACAACAACAGAAAUAUUUCUCCUUUAUUUACUUCCACGUUUGGAAUGGAUGCAUAUUCAGGUAUUUGGGAACUAUACAAACAUAUUCCACUACAGUCAUUAUCUCAUCAUGAGGAAAAAUGGGAAGAGGAAUGUAUCAAGAUAUUAUGUUUACCUUGCAAUGCAGGUGACUUUUAUGAUUCGCUAGUAGUUAUUUCUUUUCUUCAUUCUACCCGCGUAUUACAGUAUGAUGCAAAUGAAAACUGUUUUCUAGAGAAUAAUCAAAUCUUCUUUGAAACGAUGCAGUCAACUGUAUACUGUAGUUGUUUCGAGGGCGAAAACUAUCUUCAAGUCCAUAAAGGUGGAAUAAGACUCUCACUAGUAAAAGAUGAGAGUUCAGUUUCACAAUUGAAUAGGGAAAUUGUAGAUUGGAAUCCUCUACCACAGUUGGAGAUUCUUCAAGCGACAAGCGAAAAGAACAUGGUAGCUAUUCAAUGGAGUCAACAGCACUAUCAAAUAUAUCUUUUACAAAUAUUUGCGUCUUCUCAGACAAUUGAAGUGGUUCAUGUUUUAUCUCUCUCUUGUCAGAUAUCAUAUUUCUGUCUACAAUGGACAAUGGAAGAUCCUAGAAUCUGUAUAGGGACGUAUGAAGGAACUUUGGAACUUUACAGCCUGACGACUGGGGACCUGUUAUUCCGAUUUUCGUUAGAUAAUCUCAUUUUAGAGCUUCCUAAAAGCCUUUCGUCUCAAGUGAAUUUGCCAAAUAUGAUAACAACUCGUGUAGAGUCAUUGAUAUGUAGAGAUGAGCGCAUUUAUGUUGGAACCAGGGAUGGGUACCUUUGGAUCCUAACGUUGCAUCAAUCCAAUCUCCAAAUCUGCUAUGGAAAAUCCCUUGGAACAGCACCUUUACAGGCAAAUGACAAACAUACAUCCAUGUUGUUGGGAGUUUCUGGCAAUUUGCUGUGGUGGGUUAGUGAAAGAAAUGAAAGAUUUUACUUUCGAAUGCUUUACUGGGAUCAUAUCUUUGAUGGAGAGUUACCAAGUGGUGCUUGUAUUUCAUGCCCUUUUCAUGGUUGGUCCGAAUAUCCUACGUUAUUCUUAUCUAUUUCAAAAAAGUUGGCAUUAUUGCAAGUUCCUCUUUCCGAUCGUCCUUCAGAUAUUUGGUACUCCAAGAUUUAUCAUACCUCGCAAAUGACAUUGAAAGUGCAGAAAUAUUUCAUUACUAGUGCAGAUGGUUUCUUUCGAGAAACGGAUGUGAAUAUCUUGGUAGUUAGGAAGGCGACUAGAACCAGCUUUCAUUCUUCUUAUGAAGUGCAAGCUUGGACUCUUGACAUGAAAGCAAUGCUUGCACAUCUAGUAUUACCUUCUCAUACGGCAGUAACCAGCAUUUGUGUUUGGAAACAAUUUCUUUUGAUAGGUGCAACAGAGGAAUCCGUUCUUUAUAGCGACAUAAGAGUACCCAACACCAAAGGACGAGUGGUUCUUUUACAACUGGUUCGAACAAAACACGAUGAAGUAUCUUGUCGUUUUAUGGUUAAUUGUGAAUUCCUAUUACCAGGGGCAGUGAUGGUAGUUACUCCGUUGGAUGAAGAAACCUUGCUGGUAUCUUGUAAUGAGCACUUGUUAGCAUUUGCUAUGGACCCUCAGGAACAAACUCUCAUAGAAAUUGCUAGAGGAGAAACCAGGGGACUGAUUCUAGUGAUUGAUGUGGAACAUCCAUUUAUUUUUGUUGGAGAUCGCAAGGACUCGGUCCAUAUCUAUUGCAUUCAUACAUCCAAUCGUGAAAUUGUUCCAGUUUGUCAAGACGAAUAUCGAAAAUUGGUGGUGAGUCUCGCAACCCAACCCUUUCAUGAUCACGGUCAGUUGGUAUUUGUUGGAGAUAGACAAGCAAUGCUUCAUGUGUUAUGGUGUCCUUUUUCCAAAGCAUGGAAUACUGCCAGCGAAUGGGAUGAUUCCCUUUCAUCUAGUCACAACGUUUCGUUGAUGACUUGCUUAUGUUCUAUUCCUUGGAAUGAAAUACCGAUUCACCUCUCCUUUUUAACCACCAACCACCAGUGGGAUACGGGACUUGCUGUUUCGUCAAUACUUGCUUGUUCUUAUCAGCUGAUGGUUACAAGCAUGGACGGUACAUGGUCACAGUUGGUGUUUAUUCGUAAUGGAUAUGCUAAACUCUUAUGGAAACUGCAACGAGUGAUAGACCAGUUCUUUCGAUGGCCUGUCGAGUCCAAUACCAUACUGGAUGGUGACAGAUUGGUGUGGUUUCUUUCAUCCAAAUAUUCAUCGUUAUUAAGUGACUGGGGUAACUUUACAGAAGGAGAAACGUUGCAAUUGCGUCACUUGUUGUAUUUUCUAGAAGACCUCGUGCGUUCAUAAAAUCCAAAGAGCAGUUUAUCAUAACA